GAAACUCGUGAGGGUGUACAAGGCUCUUAGGGCCCCGUAAAGACCUAUCAACUGUCAAGGCCUUAUCUCCAUGUACAUUAACUCAAUCCCUUCUUUCUCAACGCCAACACUAAACUCUCAGACAAAUCCCUCGCCCAUGUUUGUCUGUCUGGCAUAACAGGUGAGUUUUGUACUCCAUUGUUGUAAGUUGGAACGUUGUUCCAUCUUAACACAGCCCACAUGGUUCUUAACAGUUUACACCAACUGGGUUCUUACAGAUUUUGGUAAAGUUGGUUUCUUUGGUCAUGUUUUUUCCUGUUGUUUGUAUAUAACAGUUGUAAAAAGUUGUGUUCUUUUGGUGAUUUAUGGUGCUUGGGUUUGUUCUACUAGGCAAUGCUUGGUCUCUUACUUGGGAAUUGAUGAUGGAAGUUUAGAAAGGAUUGUAAUUCAUGAUGUUAGCGAACCAAAGAAAAUUAAACAAAAGAAUGGAAAGAGAUAUCAUUCCAUUUUGAAUCUUAGAGUGAACCAAAUAUUACCCUUUUGUCUGAAGUUUCAAUCUUUUUUACUUUAGGUAAUGUUUGGUUUACUUAGGAAUUGAUGGUGGAAAUUAGAAUGAUUUUGCUAAUUGAUUUUAGGAAGCCAAGAAUGUUAAACAAAAGAAUGGAACGAGAUUAUGUUCCAUUUCCAUCAAUCUUGUGUGAACCAAAAAUGAACCAUUUGUUUAAGAUUUUUAUCUUUUUUUAUUUAUUUUGAUGAAUAUAUUAUCUAUUUCUACUUGAUAUUGCAGGGGAUUCCAUGGAAUAAUAUCAAAAGAUAUAUUCAGUUUAUUUGAAAUACUUUAGUGACUAAUACGAUUCUAUUCACUUAAUAAGAAAAAAAUAAGACCCAAAUGGCAAUUUCUGCGCUAGGACCAGCUACAUCGCUCCGGUUAACCCCAGGGUCAACUCUCCGGUUGCUAUCCUUCUACUCCAAAUCAAACCCUAGUAACCUGUCUGGUAUCCUCAAAACAAUAACGAAACCUCAUGCCAUACCUCCAAAGUUCCACCAUCUAUUGCAACUUUCAGGUUUGCCUUGUCGGAGGUUCUUCUGCAGUGUAAUUUCUGGAGCUCUACAGUCUAGCGAGAGUGCAAAAGUAGAGAAGAAGGGUGAAAUUGGGAAUAGAGUUGGAGAAUUUAGAAGGAAGUUGAAGAUUGCUGAUAUAAAGGGUGGUCCAGAUGAAGGGUUGGAUCGUGUAGGGAAGACCAUCAUUGUAAUGGGUUGGGUACGUACACUUCGAGUUCAAAGUAGUGUUACUUUUAUUGAGGUUAAUGAUGGUUCAUGCCUGUCAAACUUGCAAUGUGUAAUGGACUUGGAGGCUGAAGGUUAUGAUCAGGUAGAAUCUGGCUUGGUAACAACUGGCGCGUCAAUAUGGAUGCAAGGAACUGUGGUGAAGAGCCAAGGGUCAAAACAAAAGGUGGAACUGAAGGUCAUCAAAAUAGUAGCGGUUGGCAAGAGUGAUCCUUCCUAUCCCAUCCAAAAGAAAAGGGUUAGUAGAGAAUUUUUGAGAACUAAGGCUCACCUUCGUCCUCGAACAAAUACAUUUGGUGCGGUUGCAAGGGUGAGGAAUGCUUUGGCAUAUGCCACUCACAAGUUUUUUCAAGAAAAUGGGUUUGUUUGGGUCUCAAGUCCUAUUAUUACAGCUUCAGAUUGUGAAGGGGCCGGUGAACAGUUCUGUGUGACUACUUUGAUUCCAGGUUCUCAAGAAGCUGCCAAUUCUCCGGUGGAUGGGAUUCCAAAAACAAAGGAUGGGUUAAUUGAUUGGUCACAGGACUUUUUUGGCAAACCAGCUUUUCUGACGGUCUCUGGCCAGCUCAAUGCUGAAACAUAUGCCACUGCUCUUUCGGAUGUAUAUACAUUUGGUCCCACGUUUCGAGCUGAAAAUUCUAACACUUCUAGGCACUUGGCUGAAUUUUGGAUGAUUGAACCAGAACUUGCAUUUGCUGAUCUGAAUGACGACAUGGCCUGCGCCACUGCCUAUCUCCAGUAUGUAGUGAGACAUAUCCUUGAAAACUGCAAGGAAGACAUGGAAUUUUUCAAUACUUGGAUUGAGAAGGGAAUCAUUGAUCGAUUGAGUGAUGUGGUUGAGAAAGACUUUGUUCAGUUGACUUACACUGAUGCAAUUGAACUUCUUCUGAAAGCAAAAAAGAAGUUUGAAUUCCCGUUGGAAUGGGGAUGUGAUUUGCAAAGCGAGCAUGAGCGAUACAUAACUGAAGAGGUAUUUGGUGGGUGCCCUGUCAUCAUCAGAGAUUAUCCAAAGGACAUCAAAGCAUUUUAUAUGCGGCAAAAUGAUGAUGGUAAGACUGUUGCUGCCAUGGAUAUGCUGGUUCCUCGGGUUGGUGAGCUUAUUGGUGGAAGCCAAAGAGAAGAACGGCUGGAAUAUAUAGAAGACCGUUUAGAUGAGCUAAAGCUGAACAAGGAGAGCUUCUGGUGGUAUCUUGAUUUGCGCCGUUAUGGUUCAGUUCCUCAUGCAGGUUUUGGACUGGGUUUUGAAAGGCUCGUUCAAUUUGCUACAGGAAUAGACAAUAUAAGAGAUGCAAUACCUUUCCCUCGGGUACCUGGUUCGGCUGAAUUUUAAUGGAUAUCUGAUUUUAUUUUAUUUUUUCCUUCAAUCUUCUCUUUUGUUAUACCUGUUACUCAAAUCAUUGGUCUUUGUUUUCUCCUCCCUUUACCGAUUUUUUAUUUUAUAGCUCCAAAACUUCUUAGGUAGCAUAGAAUAUUUAAGUCUCAAGUUUGCUGCCUUUGUCCAGCAUGAUGGUUAACAUUCUAUGUACAAUAUAUGAAGUGAUUAAAACCAAUUGUACAUCCAUUUAUCACUGAA